CACCAUGUGCCCUGCAGCCCCUACUGUGAGCUCCCUGCACACCUGCUGGCCUCCGCCGUUGGGCUCCAGCCCUCACCUGGGGGACAGGAGCUUGGUCUCCCUGCAGUCCCUGGUCUCUCUGCUGGGACUGACAAACGGAGAAAAUCAGUGCAGGCCUUGCUGGAAGUGGUUGUGUUACAGGGGCACCUGCCCCCUCUAUGGCCCAGGCUGAGAUCCGAGCACAAUCCACAGGCCCCUGAGCUGCCAUCAGAUGGACUUUCAGCCUCGGUCCGUGUGGUGGUGGGGGAGGCACUGGGUUACUGCCCUGGGGGAGCUGCGGGGGAGGGAGGAGAUUUACCUGCUCACAGACAAUUUUAACAUUUCUAAAGCUUCAACUUUUUGACUCUCAGUGUCCAGCGUCAUGAAAUAGUUCUGGUCUGACCAAAAUAUUGUCUGAUCCCCUCCAUAAUUUCCCACAACCAUGAAAAUUUUAAUUAGAAUGAAAUGCUUAAAACUCAGAUUGUUAAAGUUUAAAUCGAUAAAUAUAAAAAUUGCUUAAAAAUAAACAUCAUCUGUCAAAACUAUAUAUUAUAACAAAAUUCUGCCCAGUCUGACUAUCCCUCCUAACACCCAGCUCCUGCUCCUGCAGGCUCAUCCUCACGGGGGGAUGCCUCAGUGACCCUCCCCACCAGCACAGGGGCUGAUUGCAAGACCGGGGUCCUAUUGAUACAUUUUUACACUAAAGCCUCCAGGGGUGAAAUUGGCUGGGUCCUUCCUGCUCAGCAAACAGCAUGAGUCAUUUUCAGGCAAGGAAACACCCCCUUGCUGCUGCGGGCGGGGCAUAGUGUGAAUUCAGGAAAUUGAAACUUACCCUGAUUCACUGCCCAGAGGAGCCAUGGCUGCAAAGAACCCCAUGGAAAAUCUCCAGGAGGAAGCGACAUGUCCCGUCUGUCUGGAGUAUUUCACAGAACCUGUCAGUCUGGAGUGUGGGCACAAUUUCUGCCGAGCCUGCAUCAGCCAGUGCUGGGAGGGAUCCGAUACAGCCGCCUCCUGCCCUCAGUGCAGACAAACUGUGCAACAGAGAAACCUCAGGCCCAACAGGCAGCUGGCAAACAUGGUAGAAAUCACCAAGCAACUGAGUUUACAGGCAGCAAAGGGAAAAAAAAUACAAGCCCAUUUGAAGACUCUGAGGGAAGAGAGAGAAAAGCUGCUGGGAUUGAAAGUGACUGGAAAGAAGAGAAGCCAGGAGUAUCUGAAACAGACAGAAACUGAGAGGCAAAAGAUUGUGUCUGAAUUUCAGAAACUCCAGCAGUUCCUGGAGGGACAAGAGCGACUCCUGCUGGCCCAGCUGGAGAAGCUGGAUGAGGAGAUUGUGAAGAUACAAAGUGAAAAUAUCACCAAACUCUCCAAGGAGAUUUCUUGUCUCAGUGAGCUGAUCAGUGAUCUGGAGGGGAAGUGUCAGAAGCCAGCAAGUGAAUUCCUGCAGGAUGUCAAAAGCACCUUAAGCAGGUGUGAGAAGAGGAAGUUCCAGCAGCCAGAGGAGAUUUCUCCUGAACUGAAAGAGCAAGUCAGCGAUUUCUCCCAGAAAACGAUUGUGCUAUCGGCGACUCUGAGGAAAUGCAAAGACACUCUGCUGGAGACACAAAUUGGGAAACCCCUAGGAGCACACAGACAGGCGAAUGUGACUCUGGAUCCAGACACGGCUCAUCCCGAACUCAUCCUGUCUGAGGACCGGAAACGUGUGAGACGGGGAGACACACGGCAGCGACUGCCCAACAAUCCUGAGAGAUUUGACUCAUGGGCCUGUGUGCUGGGCUGUGAGGGAUUCACCUCGGGGAGACAUUGCUGGGAGGUGGAGGUGGGGGAUGCGGGAUGUCUGGACUGUGACCGGGGGCAGGUGACAUUUAUCGAUGCUGGUGACCAGGCCCCGAUCUUCACUUUCCCGCCGGGCUCCGUCCCUGGGGGGAGAAUCCGACCCUGGUUCUGGGUGGGGCCAGGAUCCCGGCUCAGACUGUGUCCCUGAGACACACGGCAGAGGGGGGCACCGGAAAUCAGCCUCUCUAGCCUCAUGCCCCCCAGUUUCUAUGACCUUGGAGGACUCCCAUCUACCCAGCCCCUUUCUCCUCAUCUCUAUGGCUGCUGGAAGCACCUCCCCCUCCCUCUCUGCAGCCUCAGGGAUGGGGGGAGGAGGGGGAAGAACCCCUGGGGCUGCAGGAGGGGCCCUGAGGGGCAGAGGUGGGGGCUGGGCAGGGGGCAGCACUAACAGCCGGGCUGGGCACAGGCAGAGGUGGGGGUGGCAGGGACACAGCAUUGAUCAAUCAGGGUUGGGGGGGUUGGGGAGAAGCAGCAGCAGCAGGGAGCGGUUUGUACAGAUCUGUGGGAUUAGAUCUCAUGGGGUCUCCCAGCCAGAGCUCCUGCCGCAGGGACCACGGUCACUACAGGGCAACUGGUAACAUUGUAAUGGUCACACACACCCAUGGGGGGAGGGGGAGAUGGGUGCAGAUUGAUGAAAACACAUUAUAUAACCUUAAAAAAAUCAUCAUUGGGUCAGUCGCAUGAUACUUUCUAAACUCCUGAGGCUGCAGCACUUGGGGAGGCAGGGACAGGGCGGGUUUAACCAGAGGGAAUUAGAAGACGCAAGAAGAAAAAUGUGAAUGAAAAUAAAAGAAGAAUAAAGAGAGAGUCUAUGAGAAAUGGUGGAAAAGAGAAAUGAGAAAAGGGACAGGAAAAUAUCCCUGCCAGGGGAACCAGCUGGGAGCAGCAAGAGGGGAAGGGAUAAAAUCAGGGAAAGAAGAGAGCAGCCGAGGGCGAUGAUCUGUGACAGGGAGGAGAGACACAAGGAAAUAAACAGGGAUGGAAGGUGAGGG